CCUCGCCCCGCCCCGUCAUUGUCCCAAUCGGUCUCCUUUUCUCUUUCGUCCUAAAAGCUUGGAGAGCCGCUGGCUUCUCCCAGUGCCCCGCGUCUCUCCACCUUCGGUGGGUCAGACGAGCAAGAUGGAGGGCUGCCUGGGGGAGGAAUCUUUUCAGAUGUGGGAGCUCAACAGGCGCCUAGAGGCCUACCUGGCCCGGGUCAAGGCGCUAGAGGAGCAGAAUGAGCUGCUCAGCGCGGAGCUCGGGGGGCUCCGAGCACAGUCCGGGGACACGUCCUGGCGUGCCCGUGCAGACGACGAGCUGGCAGCCCUGCGAGCCCUCGUCGACCAGCGCUGGCGGGAGAAGCACGCGGCCGAGGUGGCGCGCGACAACCUGGCGGAAGAGGUGGAGGGCGUGGCCGGCCGAUGCCAGCAGCAGCGGCUGGCCCGGGAGCGGAUGGCGGAGGAGGUGGCCCGCAGCCGGCGCGCGGUUGAGGCCGAGAAAUGCGCCCAGGCCUGGCUGAGCACCCAGGCGGUGGAGCUGGAGCGCGAGCUGGAGGCUCUGCGUGCGGCGCACGAGGAGGAGCGCGCCGGCCUGAAUGCGCAGGCUGCCUGUGCGCCCCGCUGCCCCGCACCGCCCCGCGGGCCCCCCGCCCCGGCCCCCGAGGUAGAGGAGCUGGCGCGGCGGCUGGGCGAGGCGUGGCGCGGGGCAGUGCGCGGCUACCAGGAGCGCGUGGCGCAAAUGGAGACGUCGCUGGGCCAGGCCCGCGAGCGUCUGGGCCGUGCGGUGCAGGGCGCCCGCGAGGGUCGUCUGGAGCUGCAGCAGCUCCAGGCGGAGCGCGGUGGCCUCCAGGAGCGCAGGGUAGCACUGGAGCAGAGGUUGGAGGACCGCUGGCAGGAGCGGCUGCAGGCCACUGAAAAGUUUCAGCUGGCCGUGGAGGCCCUGGAGCAGGAGAAACAGGGCCUGCAGAGCCAGAUCGCCCAGGUCCUGGAAGGUCGGCAGCAGUUGGCACACCUCAAAAUGUCCCUCAGCCUAGAGGUGGCCACAUACAGGACCCUUCUAGAGGCUGAGAACUCCCGGCUGCAGACACCUGGCAGCGGUUGCAAGGCUGCCCUCAGCUUGCAGGACCCGAAGCUGGAGCUACAUUUCCCUGGGACCCCAGAGGGCCGGCGCCUGGGACCUUUGCUCUCUGUCCUGAGCCCGACUCCCCUCUCCUCAUCCUUGCCUGAUACCCUUGAGACACCUGUGCCAGCCUUUCUGAAGAGACAGGAAUUCCUCCAGGCCCGUACCCCCACCUUGGCCAGCACCCCCAUCCCACCCACACCUCAGCCUCCCCGCUCUGCUACAGCUGCAGAGAUCAGAGCCCAGGAUGCCCCUGUCUCCCUGCUCCAGCCACAGGCUGAGAGGCAACAGGCUCCAGAGGCCAUGUGGGCUGAAGCCAAGGUGGCUAUCCCUGCCAGCAUCCUGCCAGGACCAGAGGAGCCUGGGGGCAAGCUGCAAGAGGCUGGUACAGGCCAGAUCCCUGAGGAUCAUGCCUCCUUGGCCCCACCCCUCAGCCCUGACCACCCCAGUUUAGAGGCCAAAGAUGGAGAACCCAGUGGGUCUAGAGUGUCCAGCAGAUUCCAGGAGGAAGGUGAAGGGCAAAUCUGGGGGCUGGCAGAGAAAGAAACAGCCAUAGAGGUCAAAGGGGUGAGCAGCUUGCAGCAGGAAACACAGCAAGAAGAAGGGGAUCUGGACAUGAAGGAAAUCCAGGACUCCCAGGGUCCUUUGGAGAAAGAAACAGUGAAGUGUCUGGAAGAGGAGAUUCCAGAGCCAUUGAUAUCUCUGGGAAAACAGAGCCAUGAGACACUGAGCUCUCUAAAGAAAGAGAAUCAAGAAUCUCUGAGAUCUUUAGAAGAAGAGAACUUAGAAACAUUAAAAAGUCUAGAAAAGGAGAAUCAAGAGCCAUCAAAGUCUUUAGAAGAAAAGGACAUGGAGGUAGUGAGACCUUUGGAAAAAGAGACCCUAGAACUACUUACGCCUAUAGGAAAAGACACACAGACAUUGCAAUCUCUAGAAAAGGAGAAUCAAGAACUAAUGAGAUCUCUUGAAGAUAAUCUAGGGACAUUUUUGUAUCCAGGAGAGGAAAAUCAAGAAUUAGUGAGGUCUCUAGAAGAGGAGAACUUCGAGUCAUUGAGAGGUCUAGAAAAAGAGAAUCAAGAGCCACUGAGAUCUCAAGAAGUAGAGAACCAAGAGAAAUCAAGACCUCUGGCAAAAGAGAAUCAAGAGCUACCAAGGUCUCUAGGAGAAGAGGAUCAGGAGACAUCAAGACUUCUGGAAAAAGAGCAUCCUGAGUCCCCGAGGUCUCUAGAAGAUGAGAAUCAAGAGACCUUGAGACCUCUAGAAAAAGAGAACCAGGAGCCACUGACAUCUCUAGAAGAUGAGACCCAGGAGACAAUGAGACCUCUAGAAAAAGAGCACCAAGAGCUACUGAGGUCUCUAGAAGAAGAAGACCAAGAGACAAUGAGACCUCUAGAAAAAGAGAACCAGGAGCCACUGACAUCUCUAGAAGAUGAGACCCAGGAGACAAUGAGACCUCUAGAAAAAGAGAACCAGGAGCCACUGAGGUCUCUAGAAGAUGAGAAUCAUGAGACCUUGAGACCUCUAGAAAAAGACAACCAGGAGCCACUGAAGUCUCUAGAAGAUGAGACCCAGGAGACAAUCAGACCUCUAGAAAAAGAGAACCAGGAGUCACUGAGGUCUCUAGAAGAUGAGACCCAGGAGACAAUCAGACCUCUAGAAAAAGAGAACCAAGAGCCACUGAGGUCUCUAGAAGAAGAAGACCAAGAGACAGUGAGACCUCUAGAAAAAGAGAACAAGGAUCCACUGAGGUCUCUAGAAGAUGAGAACCAGAUGACAUUGAGACCUCUAGAAAAAGUGAAACCAGAGCCACUGAAGUCUCUUGGAAAAGACCAGGAGAUAUUUAGACCUGUUGAAAAAGAGGAUCAAGAGUUAUUGGGGUCCCUAAAAGAAGGGAGUGUAGAGGCAGUGAGAUCUUUAGAAACAGAGAAUCUAGAACCACUAAAAUCUACAGGACAAGAUCUGGAAAUGCUGAAAUCUCUAGAAACCCAAGAGCCACUGUGGUCUCUAGAAGAAAUGAAUCAGGGGACAAUGAAACCUCUAGAAAAGGAAACUCAAGAACCACUAGAGUCUGUGGAAGAAAACCAAGAGACAUUGAGACCCCUAGAAAAGGAAAAUCAAGAAUCACUGAGAUCUCUGGGAGAAUGUAACCUAGAGGAUUUGAGAUCUCCAGAAGAGGUAGACAAGGAAAGUCAAAGGUACCUGGAAGAGGAAGAGAAUGUGGAGAAGGGAGAGAAUCAGGAGUCCUUGACGUCUGUGGAAGAGGAGGGACAGGAGCUGCCACUGUCUGCAAAUUGGCAGGAGUGGGAAGAUAUGGUGGCGGGGGACCAAGAACUGGAUCAGGAAACGCCCCCUGGGAGGGCUGGAGUGGACAGUGAGGAUGAGGCAGAGCUAGACCUGAGGGAGCAGGGUGGCUUGGCUGGGAAGGAAGAGUCUGCAGAGCAGGGAGAGCUGCAGCUGACUGCCACAGGGGAGGGGCACCCAGGGAGCCCUGAGCCCAAAGAGCAGAGGGUCCCAGCUGAGGGAGCUGGCAGGGAGGGAGGCACUGAGGGCCUCCAAGACCCUGAAGGGCAGCCAGAGCAGGUGGGGGCCCCAGGCCUCGGAGCUCCCUGGGGAAUGUCAGAGGUGAUAGAGCCAGUGGUGAAAGAUGAGGAUGAGGCCCCAAGGGAUGGCCGAGCCUCCCCAGAGGUCACCUUGGGGUUAGAGACAGCCUUGGGUGAGUCUGCUGUGGGAACCGAGCGGGGACUGGGGCAGGAGACGGUAGAGCUGGAGGACCCAGGCCACCUGGCUAUAGAGGAGGUGAUGGAGCCACUCCUGGGCAAGGAAGGUUUGGAAGCAAAGAGGGUGCAGGGCUUGGAAGGGCCUGGAAAGGACCUAGAGGAGGCAGCUAUUCUGGAGCCAGAGCUCUCCACACUGCCCAAGAAGAGCAGAGACCCCCUGGAGCCUUCCAGUUGCUGGGAGGAGUCAGAGCCUGAGGCCCCCUGGGAAGCAGAACAGGUGUUCCCUGCUGAGAACUUGUGCCAUGAUGGAAGUGAUACUCCUCAACCCAGGCCCCUGGGGUCAGAGGAAGCAGUGGAGGAUGCAAAAUUAGUGCUGGGGCCCCCCAGCCCCAGGCCCAUUGAGCCCUGGUCACCCACCCCAAUCCCUGAAGAUGCCCCUGGACCCCAGCCCCUGGCUGAGGGGAGCCAGGAGGCUAGCUGGGAGCUGGAGGGCAGGGCUGAGGCCCUGGGGAAGGUAGAGAGUGAGCAAGAGGAGUUGGGUUCUGGGGGGAUCCCCGAGGGCCUCCAGGAGGAGGGGGAGGAGAGCAGAGAAGAGAGUGAGGCUGACGAGCUGGGGGAGACUCUUCCCGACUCUACACCCCUGGGCCUCUACCUCAGGUCCCCUGCUUCCCCCAAGUGGGACCUGGCUGGGGAGAAGAGGCCCUCCCCUCAAGGGGAGACGAGAAAGGAAGGCUGGGAUCCUGCUGUCCUGGCCUCUGAGGGCCGUGGGGCCCACCCCUUGGAGGAGGGGGAGGGACAUGAGGAGGAAGAAUGUGGCCAGGACUCGGACUUGUCGGAGGAAUUUGAGGAUCUGGGGACUGAGGCUUCUCUCCUUCCUGGGGUCCCUGGGGAGGCAGGGGAACCUCUGGGCCAGGUGCCCCAGCUGCUCCUGGAGCCUGCAGCCUGGGAUCGGGAUGGGGAGUCGGAUGGGUUUGCAGAUGAGGAAGAGAGUGGGGAGGAGGGAGAGGAAGAAGACAAAGAGGAAGAGGAGGGGAGGGAGCCAGGGGCUGGGCAGUGGGGCCCAGGGUCCUCUGUUGGCAGCCUCCCGGCCCUGAGUAGCCCUCAGAGAGGGAACCUCCUGGAGUCUGAGACCAUGGAUGUCAGUGUCCCCUGGGAUGAUGGCUUGAGGGGCGUAGCAGCCGAUGCCCCUAUGCCUGCCCUGGGAACUGAGUCCCAGGACAGCACUGAGCCCUCAGCCUCAGAGGAGGAGUCUAACCCUGCUCCCUUGGAGAGGGAGGACCAAGUCCCUGGUCCUCUGGAGACCCUCAGUGGAGUGGAGGACACAGGCCCGGGGGUAGGGGACAUGCUUGAUGUCAAUGGCCAGGGCCCCAGCUUGAAGGAGGAGUUGGAGCAUGUGAAUGGGGGUGUGGUGAACGGGCUGGAGCAGUCUGAGGGAGUAGGGCAGGGGAAACUGGGGGCCCCUGAGGGGGACCGAGGGAGCCCCCUGGAGGAGGAGGAGGGGGGCGCCCUGAAGACCCCUCGGGCAGGGGCUCCUCUUCAACUGGGCCCGGGCCAGUUCCUGAAGUUCAGCCAGAGGGAAGGAGAUGGAGAUUCCUGGUCCUCAGGGGAGGACUAGAGAAAGAGCACCUUUCCUGCACUGAGGAUGUGGGGGGAGAAAUGUCCCUAAGGCCCCUCCCUGCCCAGGGACAGCACCCUUAACUUGUGAUCUCUUGAUCUGUGGUUUCUGUCCGGGAGGCCUGGCUGGCCAAGGUGAAAUGGGAUGUGGCAGAGGGACCCGUUCCAAGCAUGGAGGCUCCAGGAAUGAAAACCAGCCCCUCAGACCCUGCAGAGGGGGACAUCCUGCCCACACUGCCCCAUCAGGCUCAAGCCAGCUGAGUCUCUAUGGACAAGGCUCCCUUUCCCACACCCCCUUUCUCCCCAUCCCGUCAGCUCCUCCAAGGGGAGAGGGCUCACCAGCCCUGCCCCUCCUCACUGCGCCCUCCUGGGAUGUCUGCCCACCGGGUGAGGGUGAGGGGUGCUCCUAUGUCCUGACCCCCCGCAUUCCUGCCAUGCUGUGGCCCUGCCUGGCUCGUCCCUGCCUCAAUAAAGUAAAGCCUCUGCCUAUGAAGUCUGGAUUCUUCUUUCCCCGGUUCAG